UCAUAUGAUAUUCGUCAGUCCGUGCUUCAUGCAUGAGUGCUCCAGUCGAUUUGAUUGGUAAGGGUUGACUAAAUCCAUUUUAUUUGUGGAAGUCAAGUUGCAAUUUAAUGCAUCGAAUUACUAUUGCCCAACUGGCCACCACCUUGCAGCAGUAUAAAUAUAUCUAUCACGCACCAUGAUGUCGGGAUCACCUCAAGAAGGUGUGGGUUAAGCAUCUGGUUUCGUAUUUUCACUUAAACUCCCCAAGAGAACACAUCAACAUGAGCGCAACAGCUGUCCAGGCUCCAUUGGCCACGACGAGCUUCUCGUUAUUAUCUCCCAUUGAGUCUAUUGUCUUCGAUGCAAAAGCACUGCAAAAAGCAACAGAAAUCUUGAACGUCAUCUAUCGUUAUCGCGCACCAGUUCCCGAAUCCGUACAGGAUCGCAGCGAUGAAGGAACCCUGAAGUUCCUCCCUCUCAUUUAUUCUCGAGUGAAAGCGCAGCAGGCAAUUCCAUUGAUUCUGCCGGCCUUUCCCUUCAAAUCUCCAAACCGCGAGAACAAGGUACUGGGUGCCUUACCAGAUAAGGGAGAAGAGACUGCCUUGUCACAUCUGAAUGGCUUGUGCGCGGCAAUUACAGAUAUCUACGAGCCGGGUGCUAUAUUGACUAUCGCAUCUGAUGGCCUCGUAUACAAUGACCUCCUAGGAGUGCCCGACUCAGAAGUCUACGCAUACGGCCAAUCCCUUCGACAGCUCGUUCUCGACCAGGAAUACAAACACAUCCAAUUUAUCAGACUACAGCACCUCCUCCACGUCCACGAAGAUAUGCCCCUUGACGCAGCCACAUAUGAGAGCCUUGCUGGAACCUUUCGACAGAGAUUGGUAGAGACCUACACUCCCCUGGACUACGACUGUGCUGCUAGUAUCAAAGAAGACAAGGAUGUGUGCGCGACUUAUCGAGGCUACAUUAAGUUCCUCACCAAGGACCUGGAGCACACGUUCAUCGAUGAUGGAAGUGUUUCCAAACGCUCCCACAAGCAAAAGUUAGAAUCGAUCGCCAAGGAGAUGAUCGUCCGUGGCAAGGCUUUUGCAGAGGCAAUCCGAAAGAACUACGCAGAUCAUAUCCGCCUCUCGAUUCACCCAUCCACCGGAUCCACCAAGAUCUCUAUCAAAGUGUUGCCUCUGGCUCUCCACGCCGUGACACCCUGGCACUCCUCGCCCUGCUUCACCGUUGACGGAAGAAUCGAGUACGGGAUGCGAGAGGUAUUCGAUAACCGCGAGGACGUGGAGUUAGUACACAAGGACGGAAGACCAUGGUACUACCGCGUCAAAUCGGACCUGUACACCUGGUCUGAGUCGGUGGAGAUCGAGCCUCAAUACCCUUGUGGCCUGAUCAUUCGGCCAACAGAGACUAAUACAUCAGUUACUAAUCUGGACAUGCUCAAGCUUCGUGGACUAGUCCAGGAGAACUCCCCCGUGGUUCUCCGCGGUUUCAACGACACCCGUGACAAAGAGCUGUUUGUCCAGAAAGCCGGGGAUAUGGGAACGCCUAUGCCCUGGAAAUUUGGCUUGAUCCUUGAGGUCAAAGACCACGGUACUGAAUCUCAGGGGCUUAACAAUGUGUUAUCUGCCGAGUGGAUGCCAUUCCACUAUGAUGGUCUGUUUAAAGUCAAGAAGGAGAUGGGUGCUGACGGGAAAGAAGUCACGAUUUCUUGUCCGCCUAAGUUCCAAUUCUUCACCGGCAUGACUCCCUCUCCAAAAGACACAGGCUUCACACUUUUCAGCGCCUCCCACCUCAUCUGGCACUACCUCCCUGAAAACUACACACUGGAACAACUCGCGAAACUAUCCUGGACAGUGGAAACCACUUCCUUCGAUGAAGCCAAGAUCACCGACUUACCCCUAGUCGUUCCACACUUUGCUCACAACAGACCCUGUCUUCGCUACCAUGAGCCUUGGCCUCAAGAGAAAACAGCCUUCGACCCGACAUACAUCACGAUCCAGGAUGUCCCCAACUCCGCGGAAAUAUGCCAGAUGCUGGAUUCUUUGCUUCAUGAUCGUCGUGUUGCUUAUUGGCAUUCGUGGGAAGAGGGCGAUUGGGUUAUUAGUGAUAAUGUGACGAUGAUGCAUACGCGGAGCUCGUUUACGGCCAAGUCGGAUCGGUGUUUGAGGAGGAUCCAUGUUGAUUGAUUGAUUGAUUGAUUUCAUGUAUUAGCAUGGCUUCUUGCGUUGGAUGUUUGGUUGCAUCAUUGUGUUUUGUUAUUUUAUGCUAUGCGCUGUUGC